UCUUUUGCAACUUUCCCAAGUCUGUGCAUGAGAGGGAGAGGAGGAAAACUAAGACGAAAGUGGUUUGGCCUCAACAAACUCUUUUUGCUCCCAAAGCUUUUUUCCUCUGACCCGGCUGAGACUGUUGUUCUGAGAGGAGAACCCCCCAGACCAGAGAGAACUCCCGCCUGCCCUCGGAGGCUGAAUGCUAAGCAGACAAAGCUACUCUGAAACCCCUCCAUGAAUCCCCGGAAGAAGGUGGACCUGAAGCUCAUCAUCAUCGGAGCCCUGGGUGUAGGAAAGACCUCCCUCCUCCACCAGUAUGUGCACAAGACAUUUUAUGAGGACUACCAGACCACGCUGGGGGCCAGCAUCCUCUCUAAGAUUAUCAUACUGGAUGACACAACUUUGAAGCUACAGAUCUGGGACACAGGCGGACAGGAACGGUUCCGGUCCAUGGUGUCCACAUUCUACAAAGGCUCUGAUGGCUGCAUCCUGGCUUUCGAUGUCACUGACCUAGAGUCUUUUGAAGUCCUGGAUACGUGGCGGGGUGAUGUUCUGGCCAAAAUCAUUCCAAUGGAGCAGUCCUACCCCAUGGUGGUGCUGGGGAACAAGAUCGAUCUGGCAGACCGGCAGGUGUCACAGGAGGUAGCCCAAGGCUGGUGUAAAGAGAAGGAUAUUCCCUACUUUGAAGUCAGUGCCAAGAAUGACAUCAAUGUGGUACAAGCCUUUGAGACGCUGGCCAGUCGCGCUCUGUCCAGGUAUCGAAGCAUCUUAGAUAAUUACCUCACAGACUCCAUCAAGCUCUCACCAGAAGACCAGUCCAGGAGUGGGUGCUGCUGAUCUUCUGGACUCGCACUCUGGACACCCCGAAACACAGCCUUCCGUGGGCAGGGUCACCCCAGGCCCCACGAGCCCCACUGCUGGCCCAGGCACAGCCCAGGCAGCCUAGACUCUGUGACAGAGCCCUUGAUCCCCUCACAUCUGGGCUGGGCCCCAAAUUAAGCCCCUGCCUCUUGAUGAGUGUAAUAAGGACAGGGCUGGGCCCUCAGGGAUCCCGAUGAAACUCUGAAUGUCACACUUAAAUCCUGGCCUGGAGGAGUCACCGUUCCCUUCCUGGCUCCAACUUUCCUGCCACCUGCCCUCCCCAAACAUACUCCUACUCCAGAAUGCUUAUCUCUGCAGAUAGACAGGCCGCUGCCUGUGGAGUCCUGUGGACAGGCCUUCCUGGCCCAUGCCACCACACAUCUACAAAGCCACAGCACAGUUCUGGACAAGGGUGCUGCUCAGCCUCCCCAGUAAUCAGGGCCAGGGGGUCUGAACCUCACAUGAGGGCCUGCUUCAACCCGUGGCACAGCUGUCCAGUCCUGGGACACCCCUGUACCCCUCCAGAGUAUAAGACUGCAGGAGCCCAGGAAAAGCCACCAGGGACUAGCUCAUUCCUCCUUGCUGGGUGCUCAGGCAACUCCCAUAAAUCUUUCUGAGUCUCAGCUUGUCCAUCUGUUAAAUGGGGGUGGUAUAUGCCCUGCCUACAUCAGACCAGAAGCUCCGUUUAAAUCUCAGUUGCUCUUGUUGAUAUGCAUUUAUUUAUUCCUUCAACAAGUAUUUUUGAGUAUCAUGUAUGAUGUACUGAGGUCCAGUGACAAAUGAAACACACAAGGACCCUAAUCUCCUAGACCCUACAUUCUGGUGAGGGAGAGAGGCAAUAGAUACAAAAGUUACACAGGUAUUUUCAAGUAGCAAGUAAGUACUUAAACAAAGUGGAACAAGGUGACGGGGUAGAGAGGCACAGGGGCUGGGACUGAGUGCUAUUUCAGACAAAGUGGUUCAGGAGGGCUUCCCUGAAGAGGUAACAUUUGGCCCACGGGCUACAGAAUGAGAAAGGGGCUGUCACCUGAGAUCUGGAAGAAGCGAGGAGAGAGAACAGCAAGAGCCAAGGCUCCAGGCAAGGACAAGCUUGCUGUGUUCUAGGAACAGUGAAAGGUCAUUCAUUUACCUGCUGGAUUCAAAGCUGCUGUCCCAGAGACAGCGAAGGGGACCCCACCACUGGAUGGCUUCUUGAUCCUCUGCCAACUGGCCACCAGAGGGCAGCAGUGCUCCUCCCUUCCAGGCUGACAGAAGUGUGCACGCUCCAAGGACACUCCAAGAGCGGCUGUUUUCCUUGUGCUGCUUCUCGAAGCUUGUUCAUGAGCUCUGGGCAUGGUCAGCACUUUGAGAUUUGUGAGGCAGGACAAUGCCAAUUUCUUAAGCUUAUUGAGAAAUGGGCAAAAAUUGCAACAUCAGUGAUUCAGACAAGAAUCCACAACGGUGAAAAAUACUUGAAUGAGGGGCCUGGAGAGCUUAUGGAUUCUCUGUCCCUGCAGACUCUAAAGCCAUAAUCUUUUUCUUCUGGCUACAGACCGCAUAGCUAGUGCCCAGUCUGAAGGGGGCAGACAGGGUGACCUCUUAGGGUCUCCCUGGCUACAGAAGUGUCCUGUCCACACAGAAGUAUCCUCCCUGAGCUCCAAGCAGAGCUGGGAGUGUUAGCCUAUGACUUCUUAGUGUCAUCUGACUCUGAAGAUUCUCCUAGAGGCAGAGGAGUGGAGUAGGAGUCAGGGAGGAAGUUUGGGGAGCCUCUUCUCACCACCCCAACUGUGGAAUAAGAACUGGCUUGUCCUGGGCAGCAGCAUAGACCUGGCACAGGAGCAGGUGACCCCGAGCACAGCUGUCUCUGCGUCCUUCAUGGGGGUGGCAUUCUCCACGUCACUCAGGCUCUCCUGGGAGUCAGCCAGACUGUGGAGUGGACGUAGGGAGUGUGGGUUUAUAUGCAGCAGCUGUGCACAGCAAUGGACCUGUGGAUCAUUUCUAAAUGUGUGCACCAGUUAAUAAAUGUGUUUUUUGUUUUUA